AAAAGGGGUGCAUUGAGACAAGGGUUUAGUUGUAACUUAGACACCACCAAUUUUGGCUUUCUUUUCUGUGUUGUGUUCAAAUUUAUACACUAUUCUCUAAACCUUGUUCACCUUAUGAAAAUGGAUGUUUACCAAAAUGCAUCACUUUCUGGUGACUGCAAACAAGAGAAGCUCCUUAACCCUUCAACUAGCCUUGAUGACCUCUUUUCAGCCCAAAACAUGGAAGUGAAUGUUGAAAUGGAGUGGCUUUCAGUGUUUGUUGAAGACUGUUUCUCAAGCCCACAAAGCUGUGUCUUGUUACCCUCUAGUGUUCAAAACACAACAAGUACAACCAUUUCAUCAAAACCUUCCAACACAACAAACAAACCAAAGCAACAAAAUGAGUCACCUUUUGCAGUACCAGGGAAAGCAAGAAGCAAAAGGAAGAGACUUUCAGCUCCAAGAAGAACAAAAGACCCUUUAAGCAUUUUAUCAAACACCUUAAACCCACAAAACGAGUCCCUAUGUUAUGACCCUCCUCUUCUAAAACAAACCUAUUGGUUAGCCGACAGUGAACUCAUUGUACCUAAAUCUGAUACUGAUGCAGAGGUUGCUGAAAAGGAAAUUGUGAAAAAGGAAAGGUUUGAUUUUGAGGGUUUUGAGGGCUUUGAGAGUUUUGAGAGUGAGAAUGAUGGUAACAAUGGACAAAAUCCAGUUCUUCCAACAAGAAGAUGCACUCAUUGUUUGUCACAGAGGACACCACAAUGGAGGGCAGGACCAUUAGGACCAAAGACAUUAUGCAAUGCAUGUGGUGUGAGGUACAAGUCUGGGAGGUUGUUGCCAGAGUAUAGACCUGCAAAGAGUCCAACUUUUGUGAGCUAUUUGCAUUCAAAUUCACAUAAGAAAGUCAUGGAAAUGAGGAUGAAUGUUGUGUCUUCUAUUCCUAGUGACUAGUUAGGGUUUAGUAUUGUUAUACAUUUUUAUGUAAAUCAAAGUUUAAUUUUUGUUUUAGGCGACUCAUUAGUGCUAUGAUUAUUGGAACAUCAGUUAAUUAAUAUAUGGGUUAAUUUCCUGUUUCAAA